UUGGUUUUCUUCAGAUGGUUCAGACUCAGAGUAGAGCUUCCGAGCUUCGUUUGUCAGAGACACGUGGCACUUCAUUCAGCACCUCUGUGUCAAAGCACCGUGAAACCAUGGCGACGCGUGAGACGCUGGCGGCGUUUAAACCCUUUCUCCAAAAUCUCAUCUUUCCUUUUCUUCGUCUUCUUCUUCUUCUCCGUUGUGGUCUUAGUAUCGUUUUGGCGAAACACGAGAGACUGACUGAAGUAUCAUGAAAACAGUUUCAUUGGGUGCGGGUAAGAAACACAAGAGGAACAAGAACAUAAGAUUCCUGAAGAGUAUCGUGGCUUACCUCAAAUCCGAUGAUUACACGUUCGCUCCUCUGUUUUCCAAUUCCCCACCGUUCACGACGGAGGUAAAUACGCCUCCGCCGUCGAAUUCGAAGUCGGACAACAUCUCCCUGACAGGGUUGGAGUCAUUAGGGUAUGAGAGGGUAAUUAAGAAGAAGAAGAAGAGAACAAUGUCUGAGAAAGCUAAGGGAUAUCUAAAAUCUGAUUGUCACAUGUACGGACAAGUGAUCUCACUUCCAAAUCUUGGUUCUGCUUCACUUAAAGGGCAAUUGCAAAUAACACAAAUUUGGUCAACCAUGGAAGUAUCAACGAGUAGUACAACCUUAAGGGGAAAUGACAGCAUUUAUAGGAAUCUCAGGUCAGAUAUUUCAGAACAGACAUUGCAUAAUGGAAGGAUCAACUCUCCAAAACGAGGAUUGGUUAUCUUAGAAGGACAACGAGGUAGACUAAGCCGUGAAACAGAUCUUUCAUCAGCCUUUUUCUCUCUACCAGAGGAAAAGAUGGUGAAGCCAGAUCAAAGGAGAGUUACAAUGGAGUGAAGAUGUUGUAGACUUAAUUUGAGUGGAGAUGAUGUAGACGUAAUAUACAAUUUAGCUAGAUUAGUGGAGCUAUGAGAGAAGAAGAAGAAGAAGAAUAGGUUAUGUGUGAUUGAAGGAACUUGUAUUGUUGAUAGGCCUUUUGGAAGUGAUGUAUGAAUGUGGACGACAAAGGUGUGUGUCUGUCUGAACAUAUUGCCAUGUUAGCUUGUCAGCUGGUCUGGACGAGUAGUUGUAUAUCAAGUAAAACUGUUACAAUUGAGCAAAAGCUCCUACUAUCCUUUUUAGCUAA